UUUAACUCAUAAUGACGUUAUUAACGUGGUUUAUAUACUUUUUGUUCGUUGUAGUUAGUUAUGGAGAUAUUGAUAAUCCUGCCUGUGAUCAAAUACAAUCAAAUCUAUAUGCAGACUUGGGAUGUAAGCCAAUCUAUACAAAAUGUCAAAAGUGCCCCGUUAGAUACGACUGUAAAUUAGAACCCAAAGAAGGGAGUUGUUUAUUUAGAGGAAAAUAUAUUCCUAUUGGAGAGGCACUCAGUGAUAAUGACACUUUGAGUACGUGUUAUGUUGGAUGUUUCUGUAGUGAAACACAAAGAUUUAUCUGCGCCAUUUUAGACUGUUGGUUUCCUAUUCCAGAAGAAAAACCAAACUGCUAUACGAAAUGGGAACUUGAUCAAUGCUGCCCUGGAGAAAAUUAUUGUUAUGACGAGUGUCACCCACCCCAUACAUGUUUGGUGGACGGCAAAACAUAUAGGGAAGGCGAAAUAUUCUUCCCAAAGGAUUCCUGUCAUCGUUGCGUCUGCAAGAAGGGAUUCAAUGGCAAAAUAGAGGCACCGUUCUGUAAAAGACAGGCCUGUUUGGCCCAAUAUCAUUUUAUUGAUCAGCUAAAUCAAUAUUGCGCUCCAAUCUACAACGAGGGAUCAGACUGUUGUGCUUAUGAAUGGCUUUGUCCUUCUUCAAAUGAUAAGAAACUUCCAUCUAUAAAAAAACCUUGUGGUGCAGGCUUAACGUGUAAAUAUGGAAAGAAGGUUUUAAAAGUAGGUGACAGAUUUGAAAGUCAACUAAUUAACUACGACAAUACGACGACACCAGUUCAAUGUGAAUGCGACGUACCACCGUUGGUUACCUGUAGGAAAUCAUAAAAUAUAUCGAUUUAAAGUUGUUAAGUGUUUUUUAUUAUAAUAAAUAUGUUCACAACUGGAA